UCCUGUGAACGAAACCCCGAUUAAAAAUGCGGCGAAAUCCGUUUUCACCGCGCAUAAAGCCGCACUCACAAGUAGCUCCCGCGCAUCUUCGUGGCAGUAUUCGGCUCCACUGAGUCCGACUCGCAAUUCGGCGUGCAUUGAACGCGCCUACCAUCCCAAGGCCCCGCCCCCUUCCGGCCAACCAAGGUGGGAGCGGACUGCACACGCUCGCUGCAGCCGGCCAGCGCCUGGACGGGAUCCGCAUCACCGUGACAAUUAUCCACUGCAACAGGGGAGAGACGUCAAGGGAUGGGCCACCGACGUCCAACUCUGAGCUCGCCUCGGUUGUGGUAAGCUCGUCACGUCCACUCGGCGACUGACCAAGUCAACACCAGAGAGAACGAGAGCAGAGAGCCACCGUCCAUCUGAAUGGAAACAUGGACGCCUUCCACGGAGGCUUUUUGACUCAACAUGUCCAGAAGCUAUGAGCCGGGCCACUCAGUAGGGAUGUUGGCGGCCGUGGAACACGGUCCCAUCCUGUGCAGCGACUCCAACAUCCUGUGCCUGUCGUGGAAGGGCCGCGUGCCCAAAAGCGAGAAGGACAAGCCCGUGUGCCGCCGGCGCUACUACGAGGAGGGAUGGCUGGCCACGGGCAACGGGCGCGGCGUGGUGGGCGUCACCUUCACCUCCAGCCACUGCCGCAGGGACAGGAGCACUCCGCAGAGGAUCAACUUCAACCUGAGGGGGCACAACAGCGAGGUGGUGCUGGUGCGCUGGAACGAACCAUUCCAGAAGUUGGCCACGUGUGACAUGGAGGGAGGAAUUUUCGUGUGGAUUCAAUACGAGGGCAGAUGGUCGGUGGAGCUGGUCAACGACAGAGGAGCCCAAAUGAGCGACUUCACGUGGUCCCACGACGGCACGCAGGCGCUGAUCGCCUACCGCGACGGCUUCGUGCUGGUGGGCUCGGUCAGCGGGCAGCGCCACUGGUCCUCGGAGAUCAACCUGGAGAGCCAGAUCACGUGCGGCAUCUGGACGCCCGACGACCAGCAGGUUUUGUUUGGUACGGCUGACGGCCAGGUGAUCGUGAUGGACUGCCACGGCCGCAUGCUGGCGCACGUGCUGCUGCACGAGUCCGACGGCAUCGUGGGCAUGUCCUGGAACUGCCCCGACUUCCUGGUGGAGAACAGCACGGAGAGCGACACCGACUCCGACGACAACUUCCUGCCUUUAGUGCGGCGAGUGAAGCCCUUGCUGACCGUCACCUUCUUGUCGGGAGAAAUCAGCUUGAUGAGCAACUACGACGACCUGUCACCCGCCGUCAUUCGCUCGGGUUUGAAAGAUGUGGAGGCGCAGUGGUGCUCCCAGGGCGACCUUCUGGCCGUGACCGGCAUGGAGCGACACGGGCUGCCCUCCGACGCCGGCGUGACCAGGAACGCUCUGGUUAAGUUCUACAAUGUGCAAGGGGAACACAUCUACACUCUGGAAACGCCCGCACAGAGGCCCAUCACCACCCUCUGCUGGGGCCACCGAGACUCACGCCUGUUCCUGGCAUGCGGGCCGGCCCUCUACGUGGUGCGCGUGGAGCACCGCGUGGCCAGCCUGCAGCUGCUGUGCCAACAGGGCAUCGCCAGCGCCCUGCGGGAGGAGAAGGACGUGGGCAAGCUGAACAUGCCCUCGCUGCUCUGCUCCUAUGUCACCAGCGCCUUCAUCCCCACCAUCAAGCCCCCGAUUCCGGACCCCAACAAUAUCCGAGACUUUGUCAGCUACCCCACAACGGGCAACGAGCGGUUGCACUGCACCAUGAAACGGGCGGAGGACAGCCCGGAGGCAGGCGGCCCCUGCUACACCCUCUACCUGGAGUACCUGGGGGGGCUGGUGCCCAUCCUGAAGGGCCGACGCAUCAGCAAAUUGAGGCCCGAGUUUGUCAUCACGGAUCCCAAAACUGACAGCAAAGCGGAGGAGGUGUGCGUCAACCCCGUGAUCUCGUACGCCGACAGCUGCAACUGCUCCGACUCCAGCGACGUGGAGCUAAGUGACGAAUGGGUCGGCAAGAAGUCCCCCAAGUUCUCUCGGGGGAACAGAAUGAACUUGGAACCGCGCAAAUCUCCUAAACUGUCCCGAGCCCACCAGGAGGUCCACCGGUCACCGCGGUUGCCGUCCAAGAAGCCCCUGGUUCGAUCCCCCAGCCAGACGCGUCGGGAGUUUUCUAUGGAUGGACUCACUGGGCACAAUUAUCUGGCUCAGGUCACGUCCAACAUCUGGGGGACCAAGUUCAAAAUUGUGGGACUGGCCUCGUUUCUGCCCGCCAAUCUCGGCGCAGUCAUCUACAAGACAAGUUUGCUUCAUUUGCAACCGCGGCAGAUGACCAUUUACCUCCCGGAGGUGCGCAAGAUAUCGCAUGACUUCAUGAGCCUGCCUGUGUUUAACCCCAACGUGUUCAGCGAGGACGAGGACGACUUACCAGUGAUGGGCUCGUCGUCCGGAGACAACCCGCCCUGCACCGUCAACAUUCCCAUCGCUCCCAUCCACAGCCCGGCGCAGGCCAUGUCGCCCACUCAGAGCAUCGGCCUGGUCCAGUCUCUCCUGGCCAAUCAGAACAUUCAGCUUGACGUCCUCACCAACCCCACGACCAACGCGGCGGCGGCUGCAGCAGCGGCCGCGUCUGUCUCCAUUCCUGUUUCCGACCGCAGCCAGGACCCCCCAGUUGCCGCGCCGUAUCCUCUUCCGGCCAGAUACUCAAACCCAGGGCAGGUGAUCUUCAACAGGCUGGAAAUGGGUCCGCUUCUCCCCGGUACGCUACCUCCGCCGCCACCUCCUCACCAUCUCCCGCCCCAGCCGCCUCGGCAGCAACAGCAGCAGCAGCAGUCCAGGCAGCAGCCGCAACCGUCGCAGGCCCAGCAGCAGCAGCACCAUCAUCUCCAGCAGCUGCACCACCAGCGGCCUCCGCAUCAGCAGCAGCACCAGGUCCAGCAGCACCAGCAGAUGCCGCAGAAUCCACCACCGGUGGCGGGGGGCCACCAGUUCCAGCAGCAGCAGCAGAUCCAGCAGCAGCAGCAGCAAAUGCAGAUGCAACAUGAGCAAAUGCAACAGCAGCAGCAGCAGAUGCAGCAACAGCAGCAGCAGAUCCGCCAGCAGAUUCAGGAGAUGAGGCAGCAACAGCAGCAGCUCCAGCAGCAGCACCAACAGAUCCAGCAGCAGCACCAGCAAAUGCAGAGGCAGCACCAGCAAAUGCAGCAGCAGCUGAAGAUGCAAAUGACGCUGCCUCCCGCACCCACCGGAUACCCCACCAUCUCCCUACAGCAGAUACAUCUCCUGCCUCCGCUUCCUCCACCACCAACCACCGAGCCGGGACUGGAUCGAGAUCACAUGUUGAAGCCAAGCCUGCCCCGGACUUUACCCCCUUCCUUUAGUACCAGAGAUGGUGGAUCUGUGGAGAUUCACGUGAGGAAGGUGCAUCCUCCUCCUCCGUACCCGGGUACAGUGGCAUCUGCAGCGGCCACCGCAGAGGCAACGGUCCAAAUGCUGGUCACAAACUGCGACAGCCCCGGCAUCCUGGCUCCAGACGCUUGCCUGAAGAAAGAUGACUUUUUGCUUCACCCAGUGACCAUACAGUACCCGACGCCGCUAGGGUAUGAAAGGAUCACAACGUUUGACAGCAGCGGUAACGUGGAGGAAGUAUGUCGCCCCCGAAGACGCCUCAUCCACAACCAAAAUGCGUACACUGCCCACGGCUCGGCCACGCUGAAGGUCACUUCCUCUGAGAAUAAAAAGAUUCAUCUUCCCUACAGCUCGGCAACACUCAGCCGUCUGUCAGUCCCCCGGUAUUCCAUACCGAGUGGAGACCCGCCCCCUUAUCCGGAUCCAGCCAAUCAAGUCCCGGCCACCCUCGCUCCUCCGCCACCAAGAAUGGAAAGCAGUCUAAUUGCUGCCACUCUGCGCCGCGACCACCGCGACGUGACGCUCAAAGUGCCCGCUAUGAUGGACAGCUCCAGGACGCUUCCUACCAAGGCCAAGAUGAACAGCGGAUUGGGUUUGACCUACCAACAGAGGGUGCCCACGGCACUGUACACAUGCACGCAGUGCAGCAGCAACAGCAGCAGCACCAGUGUUAGCGUUAGCGGCGGCGGGACAUCUAGUAGCGGCAUUGCAGGCGGCACGGUGGUCAGGCAGGACUUCCCCCCGGAGAAAGCAGUACACCACAGCACAAUCAUUGUGCACUCCAAAAGCGCCUCCCAGUCAUCCUACAGCCUCCUAGGUUCCAUGGACACCAGUCGGGACAGAAGCGUGUACGUCAACUCUGCCUUCACCGAGGACGAGACUCUGAGUAAGCACUGUCACUUGGACAAAUCCGUCCGUCAGAUGACCCUCGGUGACGUCGGCCUCACGGCAAAACGCCCUCCGCCUUAUCAGUGGGACGGCUCCACCGCAGAAGAGUUCUGGCUCGCCCCGGAGCAGACCAUGCUGACCCCCCCGCCGCCCCCUCACAAACCCCCUCCUCUCAUUCUCGGCCAGACACAGCACUUGGAUGUGACCCGGCUACCGUUCGUCCUCACAACUAAGCCGCCGUCCAGCCCUAGCACAAGCACCCUCGCAUUCCCAUCGGGCUACCAAAUAUCCCUCUCUCCCUUCCCUCCCGGUGUAGGCCACAGGAGACCCCCCAUGCAGACCUUACAGAACCCCCCACCCCAGUGUGUGCCAAACGAAGUGGUUCUGCCCGUCCAAUUUGCUCAGCAGGACUCCAAUUUAGUUUUAUCGACAGCGUACUCCACAAGUCUAGCUAACUUGGCAUGCUGCACCCUGCCACCAAUGUACCCAGGGGCCAGCUCCUGCGCCGGACUUCAGCUGCACCCUGUCAACCUUCACCCCUGGAAUCCGUACCCCUGCCCGCCACCCAUGCAGGACCCCCCUGCACCUCCCCUCCCAACCAAAACACAUCAAAUAUUAGAGAAGCCCAUUCUCUCGCCACCGCCUCCGACUGCGCCACCUCCACCACCCCCCCAGCCUCCUCCACCGCCGCCCAACGAGUUACCCCCCUCUAAGUGCGCCACCGAGGAUCUGGCCGAGUCUGGCAACAGCUUUCCAGAGCCAUCUUCCCUCAAUGAAAGUCCCGUGCCACAGGAGUCAGACCGGUUCAACAAAAAAAGCCGCAAGAGACUGGACAGCCGAGCCGAGGAGGCCAACGUGUCAUCGGUGUCCAGAAAGGAUGGUCGCACGCUGUCUGAUUUCAACUCUCUGAUUGCCAGCCCGCGACUGGGCAGCAGAGAAAAGAAGAAGCCCAAGGGACCACGGGAGCAGCUCAACAGAACCAAGAAGAUAAGCCGAGCCGCCAACGAGUUCCAGGACAGCUCGGAGAGCGAGCCAGAGCUUUUUAUCAGCGGCGACGAGCUGAUGAACCAGAACCAGAGCAGCAAGAAGAGCUGGAAGAAUAAGCGCAGCCUUCGCAUGGCCAGCGAGCUGGAGGAGAUGAAGUGCCGCAAGGCUAACGAACGGGAGGACCGCAGUUUGGGCAGCCAGGGCUUCGUCUACGUGAUGGCUAACAAGCAGCCUCUGUGGAACGAAGCGACGCAGGUCUACCAGCUGGACUUCGGAGGACGGGUCACGCAGGAGUCUGCAAAGAACUUCCAGAUUGAGCUGGACGGCCGACAGGUGAUGCAGUUUGGACGCAUCGACGGGAACGCCUACAUCCUGGAUUUCCAGUAUCCCUUCUCGGCGGUGCAGGCGUUCGCCGUGGCCUUGGCCAACGUGACUCAACGGCUGAAGUGAAAAUGCUUUUGGUUUGUUUUCAUUUUAACCGAGCUAACAUGUUCUUCUAGUAUCUGUUGCUUUUUGAUCGAGUUGUCGUCCAUGUAUCACCAUUUUACAUCCUGAGCACUUUGUCACGGUAUGACGAAUGUUUGAAAUAUUCUAUUAAAACGAUCCUCCCACUAAUAAGCUACAUUGUAACUAGACGCACCUUGUGAAUGGAAUUAUGAAGUUGUAUUACAUUGGAGUUAUGUAAACUAGAGUUUUACAGAGUAUUACAAUUUCCCCACUGAGAUGCAAUCACCUUAUCUGGGGUAUCUUUUGAAAGAAAAUGUGACGUUUUACCAAGAUAGCAAAUAUAUUAAGGAGAUUUAUUUGCUUUUAACUAUUGUCCACAUACUAUGAAGAAUGUAUUACCGAGUGUCAGAGUCUGUAUAUUUUUCUAUGAAGUGGUGCAUACAUUAUUAGUCUUAUUAGUGGAAUCUUGAAAUUAUUAUUUAGGGGCCUUAACAUGCUCAAAAACCUGACAAUUUUUGCAAGUGUAUGUAUCCUGGUGUAUUUUAGGUAUCCCGGAGGAUGAUUCCCCCAAGACUCACUCACUAGCACCCACUGGAACAGUUUCAAAAAAAAAAAAAAAAAAAAAAGGCCCCUGAAAUUAGUUUUACCAAUCGACACCAAAUUUGCUGGAUGUGUCUACCAAAACAGGACACAAGAAAAAGCCUCAGGGACUCGUGUCUGGAAGCGAACGAGAAGUCGGCCAUUUGCCGUUUGAAGAAACCAAAUUUGGGCAAAUUCCAGAGCUAAACUAUGUUCGAAAGCAGGGUGAAAAAGCACAUGACAGUAGUCUCACCAAUCGACACAAAAUUGGGUGCAUGUGUCUAUCAUAGCAGGCUCAAGGACACGCGCCUGAAAGUCAACAAGGAUUCGGCCAUUUUGGCUUGAAGAAACCAUCUUGGUUGAAAUCCAGGGCUUGUACUUUGUUAGAAAGCUGGAGGGGUGGGGGGGUGGGGGGAAUCAGCCAGUUUCCCCAAUCGACACGGAAUUUGGUGGAUAUGUCUAUCAUAACAGGACGCACAAAAAAGUCUCAAGUACCCGUGCCCAAAAUUGAAAGGUGAACUAGCUGUUUUGGUUUGAAGCAGUCAUUUUGGGCGAAUUCUGGGGCUUGUGCUUUGACGAACUCCGACGAGGAAAUUUGGCCAAAGGAGCCCUGUUGGAUCUAUCUCACCCAACACCUAUAAAAAAUAGACACACAGGAAUGAAGACGCUGGUUUCUUUUGCUCAUGAGCAGGACGUACGGGAGAUUGUUCAGAUUACAGCCUCCCAUCACGCUCUAAACAAUCUCCCCCCACUGCUCCUGUAUUUAUUUGAAAUAGGGAGGUAUCUAAGCUACAAGACAUAACAUACUAAGCUACAAGACACAACACACUAAGGGGAGGGUUUCAAGGUGGAGAUAUGAGACCAACACCGGCCACGUCCUUGGUCAAGGCGCCCUUCUCUCUGAUGAUUCCUGCUGAGUCAUCUUCUUGAAGGCGAGACAUCUUCCUUUCUCUCACGGUCAGCAAGCAACCAUCAAAAUCGUCCAUAAUACUAAUGCAAGCUAAGCGAAUAAAUGAUAACUUCUACGAUUUAUUUAACAGAGCCCCAGUCAGAGUCGGGCAUCCUGGACAGGUGGGCGACGCUAAAUUGCUACGCUUUUUUUCCCCCCACCUACACAUGGAAAGUUUCAUGAUCAUCAUUCCUGCAGCUUCCAUCAAUUUCAAUCGUUGUCAUCGCUUCAUGCGUACAGCUUUCCCGUUAAAAAAAAAAAAAAAAAAAAAAAGGAAGAUUUUGUUGUUGUUGUUGCUUUUGGCUGGGCGCUUGUGACGCUACUUGAAAUAUUCUAUUUGAAUGUGUCAAUCAGUGCUAAUUGUGUGCUACCAACUGCAAAAUAAGAUUACAUGCUGUUUACAGUUUUUCUAUCAGUCCAGUGUUGGAAGCCCUGCCGUGAAUAGUGAAAAGAUGUUAUUGACGCCCCCCCCCCCCCCCCCCAAAAAAAAAAAAAAGCCUUUAGAUGCCACAGGAUUGCGCAAAGCACUUUUUUUCUAUUAAACAAGGCUAAAAGAAAAUCAUUAAAUAGGUGAAUCGCCAAUAGGCGGAGGAACACUGUAAAGUUCAUACGCAUACAAGAAAAA